CGAAUUUAAAAUCUGUCCUUCAGAUAAACAGCUGGGCUGGGCUAACUUAAGCAUGAACAAGCGAUGUGACAUUGUCAACCUCAAUGUUGGUGGUCGAAAGUUUUCUACCUCUCGCAAUACACUCCUAUGGAACAAAAACUCAUUUUUCAGCAUACUACUUGAUGGUGCACUACCUACAAUGCGAGAUGAGUCCGGGGCUAUAUUCAUAGACAGAGAUCCGGAUAUGUUCAGUAUAAUUCUCAACUACCUUCGAACUAGUGAGCUGAAUCUGAAUGGUGUAGAUAUAAAUUCACUCAAAAAUGAAGCCCAAUUUUACGCACUUGACUCUCUUGUUAGGAAGCUAUCUCUAUGUGAAGAAAAUCUUCUAGGCAAAUGUGGAGACCUGUUGUUCCACGCUUACAUGCCCUCACCAGAAUUUGUAUUGGAUGAAUCUGGGACAAGCUUCAAAUGGGGUGCAAAUAAACACAACAAUUGUAAUAAUCAGUCUAAUUCAGGAAAUAAUAUAGGUUCACCGACUUACACCACUGCUAGUUUAUCUAUGAAAAAACAUUCGAAUAGUUCAAUGAAAGGCUCUGAAAAUUCACCAACCAAAACAUCGACCACUAAUUCAAUGCGUGAUACUUCUGGUUGCAGUACAAAUAGUAAUAAAGG